AUGCCAACCCCAGAUCCCCCAGUCCUCUGCCCGUUAGAAUGUCUCGACGUGCGUUCCGUCGACGCUCAGACCCUGGCAAGCUUCAAGACAUUCGAUCGGAUGAGUCUUCGUAGACUCAGAUUACACAUGCUGGGGGAUCUGCACUCAAUCCACCAGCUCGCUGAGUUCUUCCCCAACAUCACUUGGCUUUCCUUGCCUGCCGUUCACCUCCCUAAAGAUGCCAUCCAUCCAGCUAAUGUGAAACUU